AUGUAUAAACACAUAUCGAAACCAGUAUCUCAUUUGCAAGAGCAUUAUGAUGUAGUAGUAAUAGGCUCUGGAUACGGUGGCGCCAUCGCCGCUUCACGCAUGUCCCGUGCCAAUAAACGAGUUGCUUUGUUGGAAAAAGGGAAGGAAAGAUGGCCAGGAGAAUAUCCAGAGACGCUUUCAGAAUGUCUAAAAGACAUACAAAUACAUUCAAAAGCAGGCCAUCAAGGUAAAAAGACUGGCAUGUAUCAAUUCUAUCAUGGGAACGAUCAAGAAGCAUAUGUCGCUUGCGGUCUUGGAGGCACAUCGCUCGUAAAUGCAAAUGUUGCACUAGAGGCAGACGAGCUAACAUGGCGACGGGAAAAAGCUUGGCCAGCCGAAAUUUAUGCAGACCACAAUAACGGAAAGAUAACACAAGCUUACAAGCGAGUCGAGCAGAUGCUCGAACCAAAUGUUUAUCCAUCUCACUGGCCUGAACUUCCCAAACUCAAAGUCUUUGAAGAGCAAGCGCGUCUGAUGGGCUCGGAAUUCAACGAAAACUUCCGCCGAGUGCCAAUCACCGUUCAUUUUGAGAAUCGCGUAAAUAAUGCUGGUGUGCGACAACAUAAGUCUACACUUACUGGAAAUGACGCUACGGGAAUUAACGAUGGAAGUAAGAAUAGUACAUUGAUGAACUAUAUACCUGAUGCAUGGAAUCAUGGCGCAGAGAUUUUCUGCGAAAUUGAAGUGAAGAAGAUUAAGAAGAACGAGAAAACUGGGUUGUGGGUCGUGUACUAUGAAUGGCUAGGGGAUGGAAGACCACACUUUGGGGAGAAAAAUUCCCAAUCACUUAUGUUUGUGACUGCCGAAGUUGUAUUCGUUGCUGCUGGUACCUUUGGUACUAACGAGAUAAUGAUGAGAUCAAAAGCACACGGAUUACCCAUAAGCAAGGAAUUAGGAAAAGGCUUUUCUGGUAAUGGUGACAUUUUGGGAUUCGCCUAUAACUGCGAUCGCUUUGUAAACGGUGUCGGCGCGAGUAGUCGCGGUAAAAACACUGAUCCUGUCGGACCAUGUAUUACCGGCAUCAUUGAUAUGCGCAAGAAAGACAAUGCCUUUGAUGGCUAUGUAAUCGAAGAAGGCGUCUGCCCGCUAGCCGCCGCGCGUUUCUUCUCGCUCCAUUUGAAAUUAGCUUAUAAAACCACCGGAGAUUCAGCGAAUCUGUCGAUUUCACAAAAAUUUCGUGGCACAUGGAGGGACUUUGUCCCUGGGAGCGCGUUGGGUCGUACCCAAGUAUUCUUAGUAAUGUCACAUGACGACCAGCAAGGCAAAUUAGAACUCGAAGAUGAUCGUCUCAAGAUUGAAUUUCCGGAUGUUGGCAAGACCGAUCAGGUAAAACAUAUCAACAAAGUACUUUCAGAUGCGUCUCAUGCUGUCGGUGGCACAUAUGUACACUCGCCUGUAUGGUCCAGCCUAUUCAAGAAAUCGCUCGUCACUGUUCAUCCAAUUGGGGGCUGUGUAAUGGGCGAUGAUUCAACUGAAGGAGUUGUCAACUAUAAAGGACAAGUGUUCAAAGGAGACGCUGAAUUCAGCACUGAAGUGCACGAUGGUCUCUAUGUUUGUGAUGCGGCCGUCAUUCCUACUUCUCUUGGGGUGAAUCCGUUUUACACCAUUUCAGCUCUUUGCGAGCUUAUCUGCGAACGCGCUGCUGAAGAUAGGGGUUGGCAUAUUAACUACGAUUUGCCUAAGCAACCGAUCGAUUUUGAUAAUCCGUUAGUGGUGUAUCCAAAUAAUAAGACACGACAUAAAUCAAUUGUCAAUGCAGACGGAGGACUGAGUUUUACAGAAGUUAUGCAAGGCUAUUUCUCUACUGAGAUUGUUGAUCCUGAAGCAUUUAUUACUGCCGAGGACCAAGCCCAAUCAUCCGAAUCUAGAAUGCAAUUCCUUCUGACUAUUAUAGCAUACGAUUACGACACUUUAACCAGCAUUGAUAACCAAACGGCUGAUAUUGUAGGAACUGUUUCAUGUCGCGCGUUAUCUCCAGAUCCUCUAAUGGUUACUAGUGGCAAAUUCCGUAUUUAUGUCGAGGAUAACAGCCACGUUGACAGCGCUCGAAUGAUGUACAACAUGAAUCUGGUAGAUACAGGCGGGAAGCAAUACACAUUUGAAGGGUUUAAAUUUGUAAAGAAUUCCAAUAUAUUUAAUGCUUGGAAACAGACAUCAACUUUGUAUGUCACCGUAAAGACAUUCAAUGAACCGAGAAAGAUUAUUGGGUUGGGAAUUUUGAGAAUCGGAGUUUGCAAUUUCCUCGAUCAAUUGACUACGCUAGAGGCUACCGGCCAGACAGAAUGGUCAAAAUUGAGGACGUAUUUUACAUUUUUGAAGUACUUCUUCACGCGCUUCUUGGAUCACUAUAUCCCAGCAUUUCUUCCACUCGAAUAUCCUGAAGAUAGUAUUCCGGUAUACAACAACCAGAAAUCAUAUUCGUUGCAGGACAGAAUCGAGGAAUCUUAUACAUUCACGGCAAAGGAUGGAGUAAUUGGUAAAUUACGUAGAUAUAGACUACGUGGCCGUAACUUGAAAGCACCUGUUCUUCUGGUUCAUGGCGCAGCAAUGACACACGAGAUGUGGACAACUGAUCUCCAGAAAAAUAAUUUGUGCGAUUACUUGCUUGAGCAAGACUACGAUGUGUGGUUAAUAGACUAUAGAUUGUCACCAACUGUUAGGGCUUCUCAGGAGCAACAUACGUUGGAUGAUUUGGCUUCAGACAUUGCUGCUGGUGUGAACAAAGUUCGAGAGGUGUGCAGAGUGGAGAAGAUUGCAGUUAUUAGUCAUUGUUUAGGAUCAAUGGCUACGUUUAUCGGAUUGCUGACUGGCGAAAUCGUGGGUGUUGGAUCAUUUAUUGCAUCACAAGUGGGAAUGCAUCCAAUUCCUAGCCUUUUCAAUAAGGUUAAAAAUGCUACCGGUUUACUCCAUGUCUUCCGGGGUUUAUUGGGACAAAAAUUCUUCGACGUACGAACGUCGCGUGAUACCAACGUAUUGAACAAAUUCUUGGAUUUCAUUUUCCGUUUUCUUCCAUUUGGGAGAGGACAAUUUUGUCGUAACGCUUUGUGUCACAGAGCAACUUUCUGCUAUGGCCCGUUGUAUAGGCAUGAAAAUAUCAAUGAACAUCUUCAUAAUGAUCAACAUCUAUUCUUCGGAACUGUUAAUAUCACAACCAUGGCACACGCGUCAUUGGUACUCAAGAAAGAGAAACUUGUGAAAGCAAGCGGGGAAGACAUUUACGUUAACGAGAAGAAUAUUAGAGAUAAACUCAAUUUUCCCAUUGCAUUUGUCUGUGGAGAGAAGAAUGCAGUAUUUGACCCCGAAUCAACCAAACGAUCGUAUGAUCUCUUGAUGCAUGUCAAUGGAGAAGAUUUGUACGAUAGACAUGUUGUAAAUGAUCAUGGCCAUCUUGACGUUUGGUGGUCUAACAAAUCAAAGGACGUUACAUUCGGAUGGGUGAAGAGCAGGCUUGAAGCUACGGCCGCACACUUUUACUAUCCAUCGCAAAAAGUACCAACAGUACCCAAUGGUAAUGGCAAGACGUACGCGAACGGAUCUUUAAGAUCGCGAAGAACAAAUUAG